AUGACGCCCGACUGGUUCAGUGUCACCUCUGCUUGGCUUUGCUCUGCCUCUUUGUCUCCACUUUCUUACUCACUUCAUCUCUGUCUGCUCCUUUUAUCACCAGCUCCUGUCCCAGAGCUGACCCUGCACCAGACCAGGCCGGACCCUGAGGGGGAGAGCAGCCCCCCCUCCACAGAAAACACCCCCAGAAUGGAGACCCCCUUGAAGGACCCGAGACUGGACACUCCAACCAAAGCAGACGUCAUCGCCCAGUCUCCCAUGUCUCCGGCAUCACCCAGGUCUCCCAAAUCAAAAAGAGACAUAAUGAAGUCAGAGGACAGGCAGAAGCUUGCCAAGGAGAGAAGAGAGGAGAAGGCCAAAUAUUUGGCGUCGAAAAAGAGCCAGUGGGUGGAGAAGGAGGAGAGGGCGAAGCAGCUGAGGGAGCAGCAGCUGGAGGAGCGACGGCGCCGGCUGGAGGAGCAGCGGCUGAAGGCGGAGAGGAGGCGGGCGGCUCUCGAGGAGCGCCAGAAGCAGAAGCUCGAGAAGAACAAAGAACGCUACGAAGCCGCCAUCAGCAGGUCGGCCAAGAAGACGUGGGCAGAGAUCCGGCAGCAGCGGUGGUCGUGGGCCGGAGCGCUGAGCCAAAACUCCAGUCAGAAAGAAAGCAGAUGCUCAGUGUCUACGGUCAACCUGCCCAGACACGUGGACUCAGUUGUUAUAAGCAAGCGCCUCUCCAAGUCCUCAGCCACACUCUGGAACUCCCCCAGCAGAAACCGGAGCCUGGCGCUGAGUCCGUGGGAGAGCAGCAUCGUGGACCGGCUGAUGACGCCCACGCUGUCAUUCCUCGCUCGCAGUCGCAGUGCGGCCAGUGUCCUCAGCAGCAGCAAAGACGGGCAUGUGUGUCCUCGCUCGUCCUCAGCCAGCCCCAUGGCCCUGUGCUCCCACCAGCCUCACCACCGCUGCUCCGAACGCUGGAGAGUCACGUCCAGUACCCCAGACAUCCUCCAGAGGCAGCGCAGACGCAGCUCCACGCCGAUGGAUAAAAACAAAAAGGAGAAGAAGGACAAAGAGCUGGAGAAUGAGAAGGAGAAAAGUGCUCUGAGCAAAGAAAAACUCAAGAAGAGACAGUCUUUGCCGAGUAUGAGACACCGGCCGGAUCCAAGGAUUUCAAUGGAGUCCUAA